AUGAAUGAAGGAAGGUCGUCUGACCUUUACUUCACUAUUGCAAAUCGUAUGAAUGCAGUCAGUAGUGAGAGCGAUUGUGUGACUCAGAUGACUGCUUUAGCUCUUAUGAGGACUAUUCGUCCUCAGUUCUUCGAUCACAAUCUCAAUCACGGGCCUUUUGUUUUCUCUUUAACAGACUUAGAUGCGAGUAAUAUUCUGGUUGACAAGGACUGGAAUAUCAAAUGUAUUAUCGAUUUGGAAUGGGCUACUGUGCUUCCUAUAGAAUUUAUGCGAACUCCAAUAUGGCUGACCGGCCAAGCGGUUGAUGAUAUUGACAUUGAAGCUUAUAAUGAACUUCGCAAAGAAUUCAUGGAUGCCUUUAAAGAGGAAGAGCGAAAGUGUCCUGCAGAGUAUAACUUGCACCGGGCAUCCAUUAUGGAGAACUGGAGAACAGCUGGAAAUCAGGAGCCUUCUGGUAUACCACAGCUUUGCGGAGUCCGACUGGGCUCCAUGCUAUCUUUUACGACAGGAUCCAACUUUUGUAUUCCGAGAAACAUGCCGAAGACCCAAACUUCUUUAUCAUCCUCUGCCAAUAUUGGGGUCGUGGGGCAGCAAAAUUCAUCAAAACGAAGCUCGAAGACAAAAGGACGUAUGAUAAGAAGCUUCGAGAAGAAUUUGGCGAACUCUGACGCCAUCAGGAUGAUGAAUUUCGCAGAAAGUGAUUGCAUGGGUUUACAUUACAGGCUUUACAAAGGCUCUCUUAUAGGCUUUCUUAGGGGCUUUAUAAAGGCUUACAUAUAUUAUAGGCUUGCGGAGGGCCGAAGGUCCAGAGCAUUUAUAGGCACUAUCUGUAAAACAUCUAAUUAG